AUGCUGCGUCGUAGUAAACGAAUUUCUGAGCAAAUGGAAAGAAACAACUUGCCGAAUCAAGUUUCGGUCAAAAAGUCAAGAUUUAAUGAAGAGUUGAAGAAAAAAGAACUGGAAGCACUUAAAAAUAAAUUGAAAAUAGCUCAGGGAAAUUUGUCUGAUUCCAAGAAUAAAUUAAAUUAUGAACUGAGACUGAAGGAGAUUCUGAAAAAGAAAUUAGAAGAGUCGGAGAGAGCUUUCGGAGCAGCAAAUACUGUGGCUACUGAGGCAAAAACAAUGUUGGGAAACUAUACGAAAUUGACUGAGAAUCAAAAACAAAUAAUUGCUGAUAUGGAGGGAAAAAUGGAAGAUUUCAAGAAUCAGACUAAGUUCAAUGAGGCAUUGAAUAGAGAGAAAGCGACUGCUGAAUCAUAUAAGAAGAAGUGGAUGAAUAUGAUGAAUCGAGCUGAAAAUGGAGAAGAUGAGAAUGGACCAUUUCCAUGGAAACACUGUGAGAGCUGUGAUGAACCAUAUGGAGACACAGAUAUUAGAAUUCCACGAGUUUUAGUGUGCGGUCAUACGAUCUGUACUGAAUGUGCUGGAAAGCUGAUGAUGAACAACAACUCGAUCCGCUGUCCGGUUGAUCGUCAGAGUACAAAAACUGAAAAUGGAAGAGCCGACGGGUUGCCGAAGAACUUUGUAUUGUUGAACGUGUGA